AAACCAUCAACAAUGGUGAAACAAGACGCAAGGCAGAACCCUGCGAGCGAGGCCGAGAGUGAGAGAAGCCAUGCACAAUACAAAGGUGCUCGAAAGCGAAAAUGGGGGAAAUGGGUGUCGGAGAUCAGACUACCCAACAGUCGUGAAAGGAUUUGGUUGGGAUCUUACGACACUCCCGAGAAAGCAGCACGUGCUUUCGACGCCGCUCUUUUCUGCUUACGCGGCCGUUCUGCUAAGUUCAACUUCCCUCAUAACCCACCGGAAAUAGCCAAUGGUAGGUCUUUGACCCCCUCCGAAAUCCAAACCGUCGCCGCACGUUUCGCCAACUCGAACCCUCCGAGGACCCAAACGGAAUCCCCUUCGCCGUCGGUUUCAGUGGAGACCGUACGGUUGGAGAGUGAGUUUGCUGCGGAGGGAUCGUUUCUGGAUGUUUUGAAAAGGGGUUCGGGGUACGGGAUAUUCCCUGAAUGGGAUGAAUUUUCCAGUGAGUUUCUGGGAUCGACCAUUCCUGUCUGUGAAGAUGAUACUGUUGAUGGGAAUCAUCCUGAAUCUUUUCUAUGGAAUUUCUAA